CCCCUACCCGGCAGCCAACCAACAAUUUCUCAUGGAAGAAGAGCCUCCCAAAGGAGGUGGAGGGAAUGGAGAGACCAAAUACCGAGGCGUCCGGCGCCGACCGUGGGGGAAGUAUGCGGCGGAGAUCCGCGACUCCGCCCGGCAUGGUGCCCGCAUCUGGCUCGGCACCUUCAACACUGCUGAAGAGGCUGCCCGGGCCUACGACCGGGCGGCGUACGCAAUGAGAGGUUCGCUCGCCGUCCUCAAUUUUCCUGAUGAAGUCCCUUCUCGGAGCACCGGGUCGGCAUCCACAAGCUGGUGCACGGCGGGGGAGCAAGGGAACCAAGUGAUUGAGUUUGAAUACUUGGAUGACAAGGUGUUGGAGGACAUGCUGGACCAUGGGGAGAAGGGUGGCAAGAAGAAAUAAAAGGCUGUGUGUGCGUGUGUGUGUGUGUGUGAGAGAGAGAGAGAGAGCGAUUUAAGCCCUUGCUUUUUAGAACUGAAUAGUUUUGUCUGUUUGUACUGCACUGUUACUCCUAUAUAUGUCUACCUCUCUUUCUUUAGCUCUUGGCUGGUUUUCAUAAUGCCAAUAAAAGUUCCUUUCUCCCCGCCAAAGGUUGUGUAAUAUAACUUGUCAGAAUGCUGGCAAUUCUGGUGUUU